AUGGCCAUUCCUUGUCCUCAUUUCAAUUUUGCUAUUUCUGAGAAACCAGCCAUGGAGACACUUUCUCAAUCUCCAGUGGUUUUGGUUCAAGAUGAGCUUAAAAAGAUAGCAGCUUACAAAGCUGUGGAGAUGGUGAAAUCAGGCAUGGUUAUUGGGCUUGGUACAGGUUCUACAGCAAAGCAUGCUGUGGAUAGGAUUGGCGAGCUUUUGCGUCAAGGGAAGCUUGAAGACAUUAUAGGUAUACCUACUUCAACAAAAACACAUGAACAAGCUUUGUCUUUGGGUAUUCCUUUAUCAGAUCUUGAUUCACACCCUGUCCUUGAUAUUGCGAUUGAUGGGGCUGAUGAGGUUGAUCCUGAACUCAAUUUAGUUAAAGGUAGAGGUGGGUCUUUGUUGAGGGAGAAAAUGGUGGAGGGUGUUUGUAAGAAGUUUGUGGUUAUUGUUGAUGAAUCUAAAUUGGUUAAGUAUAUUGGGGCUAGUGGUUUGGCUAUGCCUGUUGAGAUUGUUCCUUUUUGUUGGAAAUUUACUGCUCAGAGGUUGCAGGAAUUCUUUGAGUAUGCAGGUUGUGUGGCAAAGUUGAGAACUUUUGCGAGUUCUAAUGGGAUGGAGAAUUGUGUUUUGCCUUUUGUUACUGAUAAUGGGAAUUAUCUUGUGGAUUUGUAUUUUAAGGGAGAUAUUGGGGAUUUGAAGGCUGCAAGUGAUGCAAUUUUGAGGUUAGCUGGUGUGGUUGAGCAUGGAAUGUUUCUUGAUAUGGCUACUACUGUUGUAGUUGCAGGGGAGCUCGGAGUCACCAUCAAGAACAAGAUUAUAAGGGAAGAAAUUUUGUCUCGUUUGUAUCAAUUUACAAUCUAUGAGGAUGAUUCUCCUCAAAUUUUGGUAUUCUCUCUGAGGAAGAUUCUUAUGUCUUAG